CCCUCGCACCACAGACACUGUCGAGAUUUGCGAGUGCCAGCCAACCAUAGGCUUCAAGUUAGAAGAAUAUCACGAAUGCAUUGCUUUAAAACCGAUUGUUCAGUUCGAUCUGAGACCCUUCGCGAGUGUGAUUAGUUUUUUGAGUGAUUAGUGCGGGAGCAGAGCACCUUGGCGGCUUUGUUUGGCCGGGUUCGCAGUGUGAAAAUUCCGAAACAGAAAGUGCAGCCCAAGUGAAAAGCACGUGCCAGUUGCUCGGUGUCGAAGUCAGAGAGUCCGAGGUAGAAGAACAAACGCUCUACAAGCACGAGUCAUUGCGUUAAGGCAGACUCUUCAGCGACUGUGAAGGAGAGUAAUUGAUAAUAUUGAAUGCUGGCAGGACAUUGCCCAGAGAAAUCCAUUUAUUAACUGGCAAUCACCUUUGAGCCGGAAAGUCAAUAACUCGGAGGAUGCCACGUGCCCGUUGAGGACCAAUUGUUAGCAUACCGGCCCCAAUCUAAAACGAUAUGGAGACUGGUUGAAGGCGACGGGGACACGUAAACAGAAAAAUACCAGUCACAAAAUCGACACGGGAGCUGCGGACAGGGAAAAUGUGCAAAGGCGGCCGUUCAGUAUCGACAGCAGCGCUGGCAAACUUAUUAGCGAAGUGCGCGGAGGCACCAAAUGGCCAGGCGGCAGUCCUCGGAAGUGAGAAGGAAUCGGAAAAGUGGGGCAGUCUUGUGCCGCAAAAGCAACGAGCUAAGCGCCAAAACAACCAACAUCCCGAGCUGCAGCAUCAGCAUCAACAGCAGCAGCAGCAGCAGCAGCAGCAGCAGCAGCAGCAGCAGCAGCAGCAGCAGGAGCAUAAUCAGCGCCGGCAACAAGGACGUCAAAUAGAGCAAAUGGCAGUGGUGACAAAUGAAGAGGCGGCGGCUGCCAAGGAGCACGAACAGAAGACCGCACCGACGGACUCCGAAUGCAAAGGCAAACACAAACACCGACGAAAUCGCAAUAAUGUUGCCGGCGUGCAGCAGCAUGUCCUGCGGUCGGAGCUGGUCCUGCCCGCCCUACUCCCGGUCGCUCUGCUGUUGGUGCUGUUGGUGCUGCUGCCGCCGGACACCGCAGCCUCGAUAACACCGUCGGCCAGGAUCUCCAGUGCCAAGGGACCGGCACGUGAACUCCUCUUCACGGAGCUGGGUGGCGCGGGCGGAGGCAGGGGCGACGGCUCCCCCAGCGGAGCAGCCUCGGGGGACCGUGGUCUGGGCCUGGCACUCGGGGGCGGCGGCGGCGGCGGCGGAGGAGCGGCUGGCAUCGAGUGCCCCAGCUUCGAGAACACCGCCUGUCCCUGCUACAAGUUUGAGGAUGGACUAUUCCUCGAGUGCCCCGGAACGACGGCGGUAUCUCUGCGCUCGACCCUCGAGCGAAUAUCGGCGCCGAUCCACUCGCUGUCCAUCUACGACUUCGACCGCUCAGUGACGUCACUCUCGCAGGACGUCUUCCUUGCGGGCGUCCACAUCCGCCACCUGCAGUUUUCGCACUCGCACCUGGAAGCCCUCAAGGACAAUAGUCUGCGCAACGUUCGCUCGAGCCUGGAGUCACUCAGCAUAGUUAAUGGCAAACUAACGCAGAUGCCAUCCCGGGCCUUGAGCUCGAUGCAGAAGUUGACGGCUCUGGAUUUUGACUACAACGAGAUCGUGCGAGUUGAAGACUACAGCUUUUAUGGUCUGCGUCUGUCCAAACUAAACCUUAAGGGCAACAGGCUGCAGGGAAUGCCGGAGCACGCGUUCGCUGGACUGGAGGAGUGCAUGCAGGAGAUAGACGUAUCGGAGAACGGACUGCGCACCUUUCCAUUAAUGGCUCUCCGCAAGUUGGACCACUUACGAAUUUUGAGGCUCUCGAACAACAGGAUUCCCACCUUCUAUGGUGACAUCCAGUUGGCCACCAAUAAUGCAUCGGCGGCGGCGGCUGCCGCAGGUGCGUUUCAGCUGCCGUCCUUGAUUUUCCUUGACUUGAGCUCGAAUCUGUUUGCCGAAAUCGGAGACGACUGCUUCAGGGCCUUUCCCCAGCUGAAAACCCUAUCCUUUUAUGCCAAUCAGAUAGAGUUGGUCCAGCCAGAGGCCUUCAAGAGCCUGCGGGAGCUUAUGUCGCUGGACAUGUCACACAACAGGAUUAUAUCACUCGAUCCCAAAGUUUUCGAGAGGAAUAAGAGACUGCAAACAGUGGACUUUAGCCAUAAUCACAUACACGCUAUAGGAGGGGUGUUUUCGGACCUACCCCAGUUGAGGGAGGUCUUUCUAAGUGAAAACAACAUACUGGAGCUGCCGGCAGAUGCGUUCACAAACUCCACAAACGUGGAUGUCAUUUACCUGGAGUCCAAUGCCAUUGGUCACAUAGACCCCAACGUCUUUAGCACAUUGGUUAAUCUGGAUCACCUGUAUCUAAGGUCAAACUUUAUACCUCUUCUUCCCGUUACUCUGUUCGACAAGAGUACUAAGCUGACGUCCUUAUCUUUGGACAAUAAUGAGAUCCAGGAUCUGGAGAUAGGCAUGUUUAGGAAGCUGGAACACUUGCGGGAGGUAAGGCUGCACAACAACCGCAUUCGGCGGAUUAGGAAGGGCGUGUUUGAACCGCUACCUGCCCUUCAGGAGCUGCAUAUUCAAAAGAACAGCAUUGAAGACAUAGAGCCGCAAGCUUUCUACACCCUGAAAAACAUGCAGCACAUCAAUCUGCAGGAUAAUCAACUAACCGUGCUGGAAGACAUAUUUUCAGACAAUAACUCCUCGCUUCUCUCCGUGCAGCUGGAGGCCAAUUACCUGCACAAAGUUCAUCCCCGCACAUUCAGUCGCCAGCAAAAGGUGCAAAUCAUGUGGUUGAAGGACAACCAAUUGGCCCGAGUGGAAAGAUCUUUCUUUGCCGAUACUACUCAAUUGGGCAGGCUGUAUCUGAGCGAUAACAGAAUCAGAGAUAUAGAAAAGGACACGUUUGCGAACCUGCUACUCUUGCAAUUCCUCGACUUGAGUGGCAACCAACUGAAACAGCUUAGAAGGGAUUACUUUGCGCCACUUCAAGGCCUCGAGGAACUAAGUCUAGCCCGCAAUCACAUAGAGGCCAUAGAAGGAUAUGCCUUUGCCAAGUUGAAGAAUCUUAAGUCCCUGGAUCUUUCUCACAACCCGUUGGUGCAACUGACGCGAGAUGUUUUCCUGGAUGAGUUACCCUUGAACUCUCUGAGCCUGGCCAACUGUUCCCUACGAAAACUGGAGCAACAUUCCUUUAAAUCCCUUACCAAUCUCAACGAAUUGAAUCUGGAAAGAAAUCAAUUGAAUCCAGCGGAUAUUCAAAAACUAGAUAUACCAAAUCUCAGGAGACUGCUUUUGAGCCACAACAACUUCAGUCACGUGGGGUCUGGCGGAAUAAUGGCGGGAAUGUUUGAUAGAUUGCGAUCUUUGCAGCAGCUGGCAAUGUCAAAUUGUAGUUUGGGUCAGAUACCGGACUUGCUAUUUGCAAAAAACACAAAUUUGGUGAGACUAGACCUGUGUGACAACAGGCUCUCGCAGAUGAAUCGAAAUAUCUUUAGUGGCCUCAAUGUCUUUAAGGAGCUGAGGCUCUGUAAGAAUCAGCUCUCCGAGUUCCCGCACAUAGCUCUAUAUAAUUUGAGCACACUUGAAAGCCUGGACUUGGCCCGAAACCAAUUGGCCUCGAUAGAUUUUUUCAAGCUAAGCGGCACCCUGAAUCUCAGGCAACUUGUCCUGAGGGAUAAUAAGAUCACCGCCUUGAGCGGCUUCAAUGCCGUUAACCUCACCCAGUUGGACAGUGUGGAUCUCAGUGGUAACCUGCUGCUCUCCUUGCCAGCAAAUUUCCUGCGCCAUUCGAUCAAUUUGCAAAAGGUUGACCUGUCCAGCAACCGCUUCUUGCAAAUACCCUCUUCAGCCUUGUCGGACGUUUCUAUACCACGUUUAUCCUGGCUAAACUUGACCGGCAAUCCCAUCAAUAGGAUUUACACUGUAAAAGAGGAAAGGUAUCCAUACCUCAAGGAGCUCUACAUCUGCCAAACGAACCUUUCCAUACUUACUUCAAAGGAUUUCGAGGCCUUUCAAGCUCUACAGCACCUCCAUUUGGUCAAUAAUAGGAUUACUAGAAUUUCCCCGGGUGCCUUUAAGUCCCUAACGAACCUUCUUACCCUGGACUUGAGCAUCAAUGAGCUGGAAAUGCUGCCUAAGGAGCGACUGCAAGGUCUUCGGCUGCUACGCUUCCUCAACAUCUCGCAUAACACCCUCAAGGAUCUGGAGGAGUUUAGUGCCGAUCUCUCGGAGAUGCAAACCCUGGACCUGAGCUUUAACCAGCUGGAUCGUAUUUCCAAGAAGACCUUUAGGAAUCUCCAUGGUCUGUUGGAACUCCUACUCAUGGGCAAUCGGAUGACGGUUCUAUCGAACGACGCCUUUCGGUUCUUAAGGAAACUGCAUGUGUUGGAUCUGCGCAAAAAUUACUUUGAGCUGGUGCCGCUGGAUCCACUGAAGCCACUGGAAACCAACCUGAGAACACUUAAACUAGAGGAGAAUCCACUGCAUUGCAGCUGCGACGCCCAGAAACUGUGGGAAUGGCUGCGGGAUCAUCGCAAAUGGUCUCUUUCGACGGGCUCCGGCACAGGAGGAGCUAUCGGCGGACUAGGCGCCGAUUCCAUUAAUUACCUAAGGUGCGAGCACCCAACAGAGCUGCGGGGCAAAGUGUUCGGACGGAUGGAGCCGCAGCAGUUCUGCGAUGCCCCGCUGAUACCUAAAAUGGCCAUCCAAGACAUCCAGCCCUACUCGGUGGUUGUGUCCUGGCAGAGCCGCGACCAUUUGGGCCUCAAUGGCUUUGAAAUCGUUUACCACGCCACCGGCGACGGCUUGGUUCCGGACCGCGAGAGGGACAGUCACAGGAACAGGGAACGGGGUCAUGAGCCCGACAAGCAGAAAAGCCGGGAACGGGAUAGGGAGCGAUUCCCACUCGACACGGAUGAGAUCCACGGCAAGCGGCUAAAUGGGACGGCCAGCUCGACCAAGCUAACCAAGCUGAGUCCGAAUACGCGCUAUCACAUCUGUGUCAUCGGCAGCGGUAAUUGGCUUUCGGAGCCCCUGGCGAACGCUCUGCAGCGACUGCACACCAACGAGUCCCUGCGCGAGGAGGAGGCAGUGAUUGUGACGGCCCCCUUGCCGGAGUCGUUCUCGCCCUAUCAGCACCAGCAUCAGCGCAACCGGAGCCCCCAUGGCAGUGGAGGCAGUCAGGACCAAGGCCAGAGUCAGGGCCAGGACUUGGACAACGCGAUCGUCCUGGAUCACGUCCUGAUGGAGGUGCUCAAGAACUCGCACAUCUCUGCCUGCACGGAUGUGCAGACACUGGACUCCACGCCCAGCCUGGUGACCGACGAGAACGGGCUCUCCAGCAAUGGCUUUAUUCACUCCAUCCUGACCAGGAGACUGGGUCUCAUCGUGGGCUGCUGCCUGGGCAUAAUAGUGUUCAUCGUCAUGAUCUCGGUUCUGAGCUAUGUCAAGCUGAAGAAGCAGCGCAUAGAGAACGCCAAGCGACAGGCCGCCCUGCCGCCGGAGUACAUAUCCUACAGGCACUUCUCCAUCCCCAACGAAGAGCUGACCAGGACUGCUGCGAACGCGGGAGCCGCAGCGGCGGCCGCGGCGGCGGCUGCGAAAAAUGCAUGCAAUGCGCCCGACGCCGGCAGUCCGCCGCACAUGACCAGUGUGCCCAGCGGCAUCAGUGCACACAUUAGUGGAACCAGCCUGAGCACGGGGGGCACGGGCACCGGCACCACCACCACAACGGCCACCACGCCGGUCGGAGGCGUGCCGGCUAUAGGCGUGCCGCUGGGCAAGGCGGGCAGUCCCCUCGCAGGCGUCGGCAUGGCAGUGGCCGACUCCUCCGUGGAAGGCGUUCACGCCCACGCCCACGCCCACAACCACGGCCACGUCCAUGGCCAUGCCCACCGACAGAACAACGGGUACAUGGCUGCAGGGGUUGUGCUCAAUACAAACCACUUGAGCGUGUGUUAGUCGCCAAAAGGUUUGGUAAUUAAACAUAGUAAGGGUCGAGGUACCGGGUUGGAGGGUGUUGAAGUUCUGCACAAUAUUCUGGCAAUACAGGAAACAUACGUUGCAAUCAUUUCCGCACUCAGCCCGAGCUUAUCUAGUUAAAAAUAUUUUUUUUAUUCACCUUGGUCAGCACCUGGCCAUACAUUACCCACAACUAAGUAUAAUAAGCUUUCAGUUGAAAGGAUCCGGGAAGACGCAUAUUAUGAGCAAACGUUUAUUUAAAAUUUGCCUGCCUUUUUAACUACAGUGCUCGUGUCCAAAAGUAAUCGCUGACUCAUUCGAGAAAAAUAAGUUUUAGGAGGUUGUACCGCAUGCUCCGCUGCAAAUAAUUAAAUGGAUGGCGCGAUUUAUUGAAAAUUCAAGUGAAUUCGAGCACUUCAGCACCCCCCUUAAAUCUGAUCCACAGUCCCAGAAAAACGAAACAGGCAAAAUAUCUCAUAUUUCAUACUUCAAAUGGUGUCAAAAAAAGUUGCCAAUCAAAGCGAAUGCAAAAUCAUUUUUCAUGUUAUGCAAUGUGCCCAAAAUGCAUUUAAUUUACGAUAAAAACGAAAAAUCCAAAAAAAUAACGGUGCAAAUAAAAAGGAGAGAAAAUCUAGGUUAGUGAUAAUCACGAUGAUGCGUUCAACGUUCGUUUAGUUAUGACAAUUGAAGUAGAACUUUAUGAAAAUCGGACUGCGUCGCGGCAUUUUCAAUGUAAAUAAAGUGGAAUCACAGCGAAAUCUCAGCCGUAAAUGUUGCAUCUAAAUCAAAUUAAGCUCCGUAUAAAGCUAUCUAUAAGAACCCACACACACAUGGCCAUAUACGAGUAUAUACAAAUAAAUAUAUAUACCUGAAAUGGAAGCACACACACAGACAAUUUUUUUGCGCUAGACUUAGUGAAUAGAUAAUGAAUGAGUGUAUUUUUUGUUUUUUUUUAAGCCGAGCGCUGAGAAAUCAAUGAUAAAGUAGCUAUAUAAAGCUAUAUGACAGCGGCGAAACAUAUAACCAAAACAACUUACUAUUAUAUAAAGAUACACAAUAAAAGAACCUAGAUUAAGUGCAGACCCCCGAAGAAUGCAUAAUUGUUAGAAGAACUCAAAGAGUUUCAUAUACAUAUAUUAACAUACAUUUUUUUUCUCGUAGUUAACUAUAUCGUUUUCCUAUUUUUCGAUUCGAAAACAUAUUAAGCUUUAUUGGGGGAACGGAAGUACAGCUAUUUGCUUACUUUCACAAAUAUGCAUUACAAAAAGUACUACGGCUAAAGAAUUUCUAGAAAACUAAGCGAAUUGAAAUCAAAUCAAACCCCCCAAAAACACAUUCACACACGAAACUCUCAGCCAAGGCGACGGGUUAUAGGAGAUUUCUAACCUUCCGGCCCCUUGUUCAUCCUGCGUCCGUCACUGUGUGCCAGUGCUUCUCACAUAUUUUAAGAUUGUUAUAUGCAAAACACAACAACUAUAGUAUGCAUGCGGGCAAACUUAAGAAACAAACAAUAACAAUGGCCAGAGGAAUAGGAACGGAUAAUGCAAAUCGGAAUCAAAAAAUCUAACUUAAGACGACAUGAAAUAAACAAAAACAAGACAAAGAAAAAUCAGUAUAAAUUAAACAAAGCUUUGUUAUGCUACACAAAGAAGGUAACAAGAAUUGACGGAUUCGCUGCCAUGCCAGAAACCUUCUUUUUAAUUCUAGUUGAAUUGUAGGGCAUAAAGGGCGAAACACAAUAUACACAUACCUACACAAUGCAGAGGUAAAUUUAAACAAACAUACAACAAAUGUAAUAAAUUUAAACCAAAAUAUUGUAUGGCAAGCAACACAAAGUAAAAUAUUAAUAAAUGACAAAAACUUUCAAGUAA